AUGAAGGGCCCUCGAGCUAAUAGAAAGGUGAAGGCCCAGCGCCAUGGGAGGCCGUCUGUUCGACCGGCACGGCGGAGAGGACCAAAGAAGAACCAGAAAGCCCAAGGCAAAAAAAGGCUAACGGAGAAACGAACAAGAGAGCAACAAGGUGGGUUCCUUCCAAAGCGCCCAGAUAUCAAAGGCCUCGACAGUGACACUGGUUCCAAAGCUGCGCGCAAGAAGGCUGAGCGCAAAUUCAACAAACAUGCGAAGAAACAAGUUCAGGCACAGAACACUGACGGAGAUAGGGAAAACAAGGACUUCAAAGGUGCAAAGGGUCCCCAACGGCCUCAGGAAAGGCCCCGAAAUGGCCAACUCAAAGAUGGCGCCUUGAAAGGUGGUCGCAGCGGCGAAGAGCCCCGCAAGCGGAAGCUUGUGAAUGGGCAGGAGAGGUUGCGCGCUAUCCUAGACAAGUUUCCGCAUCUGCUUCUUCCUGGUGAGACAGCGGACGCUGCAGUUGCUGCGUGCUUUAAGAAGGCAGGAAAUUCCAACAAAGCGUUUGAAACUGGUCCUUCAGAGUGCGCUGAAAACGAAGCACAAGGAGUCUCCGGCGAUAGCCAGCAACGGCAGCAGUUGAGCGGCAGCAAGCGUCGUAAGCUGCUGAGGCUAGUGAUCAACAGCAAAACAGCUGAGAAUAAAGUGUUUGUACACGAGUCGUAUCAACUCUACAAUGACAUACUGCGCAGCAUAAGAACAGCAGAGGGCCCUGGGGGAGCCAGCGAAAGCUCCGACAGUCCUGGUGAACCUGGUGCUCCCCGCCGCAACAAGGACUUAAAGAGCUUGGUGAAGAGUGCCGUGAACUUCUUAGAAGGCCCGCUUUCCCGAAAGGACCGCCACAGCUGCACAGCGCGUCUCGCCCAAAUUUGUUUGAAAUAUGCUGAGGGAGACACCCGCAAGCGCCUGUGGGAUUUGCUUUCUAAGGACUUUACCGUCUUCUGCGAGUGCAAGUCGUUUCAUCAUGUAUGCAUUAAAAUGUAUCUGUACGGCACUACGGAACAAAAGGAGAAGCUCGCAGCACUGCUGGCCAGUCGCAGAGACACCGCAUUUACAAAGCAUGGUGCAGCCGUCUGGGAGUACAUUUAUACCUCUCAGAAAACAGCACUGGGGCAGCAGAAGCUGCUAAAUUCUCUACUGCUGGAGCCGGCGCUGCUUGUGGCUGUCCCAAACGUGCUGCAAGCGGCGUCGUUUGCUCAGGUGGCAGGACUCCUGUCGGAAGAACAGAAGGCCACGACCCUUGAGAAGAUCAGCACUUUUAUUCAAAAAUUUGUCGACAAGGAGCUGCUAAGUAAGGCGUACGUACACCGCAUUCUGAAGGGUUAUUGCAGCGUGGCUUCCGCGGAACAGCAAAGCGCUAUCUGGAAGACCGUCUGCGAAGGCGCCCUGCACCUGGCCACAACCAAGGAUGGCGUGGAAGAGAUUCUGCCAAAGUCCCUUGAUUUGGCGUUCGACCCCUACGGGCACCUGUUGCUGCUCCAGCUACUGCAACAAGAUGGUGUGUGCAGGCAGCUGCCAACGCACUACCAGGCCCUUCUGUCGCUACCCUCGCCCACCAGCCUCAAGUCGCUCUCUCAGCGGUUAUCGGAGCUGCGGCCAACUAUUACAUCUGCCCUUUGUGCUGCAUUUGAAUCCAUCCCAGUGGCGGCAACAGAAGGCCAGCGUGUGGUAGGGGAUCUUCUGCGAGACAAUUGCGCCUCGAAAGUCUUAUUGCUGUUUUCGUCUCUCCCUGAAGGAGAGACAGCGGCGCUCAAGGCAAUAGAUGCCCUCGGAGCUGAUCUCGAGAGGGAGACACCAGAGCUACUUAACAAUCCAGCAUCUCAGCGGGCCGCCUGUGGCCUGAUUAAGUCAGGAAGUCCAGCGGUAUUGUCGCGUGCUUGGUCCACCUUUGAGUCUCGCCUAUCCUCUGCCUUGGAGACAAAGGGAGUGUUCGUUGUCGCGCGAAUUCUCAAGACGGCUGCGGAGACGAAACAGACGGAUAUGGAAGCAGAAGUGAGAGGGCGGCUGGACGAGAAGACACUAAGCGCCGCGGAGGCAUCACUCGCAAAGUCAGCCGAUGCCUCUGGCUUCACCUCAGCCUUCGUCAGUGAGUUUUUCUUUACCAACACUGAUUGA